AUGCUAGACGGGAUGCGAAAUCUACAACAACUGAAUCUGCGUAAUAACUCUUUGACGUCAGUGGAUGAGAACACUUUCGCUUCGCUGCGAUUCAUGACGACUCUGGAUUUAGCUCAUAAUAGCUUGACCAAAAUCGCCAAGAGGACAUUUUCACAUCAGACGAAGUUGUUUUGGUUGGAUUUAUCGAAUAAUCAGCUGACUGGUUUUGAAGAAGGCACAUUCGACACAAAAAUCGCUAACCUUCUUCUAGAUGGAAACCCGUUGAUAUGCGACGACGAUUUUGAUUGGUUUGUGCGAUAUUUGGUGACAAAUCGGAUACGUACUUUCCUGCCGUUCCAGCCCUGA